UCUCUGCCUCCUUCCUACUGACUGGACAGAAGAAUGGGCUGGUCCCUGAUAAAGAGGUCCGUGUCAGUGUGAAGGUCCUAGCAGUCAGCUGUAUCGGAGCAGCAGCUGCUCUUCAUCCUGAAGCCUUCUUCAACUCUCUGUUCCUGGAACCCCUGGAUGGAGUUACACAGGAGGAGCAGCAGUAUGUUAGUGAUGUGUUGUGUCUGAUCAGCCAUGGAGACCCUCAGAUCAGAGGAGCUACAGGUGUAUUGUGUGGAGCGAUAAUACACUCUGCUCUCAUCAAGACACGUUACAACAUACACACCUGGAUGUCCACCAUACACACCUCUACAGGUAACCCAGUAUCCCUGGUGGAUCUAGUUCCUGUACUACAGAACACUCUAAAGGAUGAGUCCUCUGUCACCUGUAAGAUGGCCUGCUCUGCAGUCAGGCACUGCAUCAUGACUCUGUGUAGCAGUACUCUGAGUGAGUUGGGCCUGCAGCUCCUGGUCGACCUGCUGACCUUAAAGGACUGUUCCUAUUGGCUGGUCAGGACGGAACUCCUCGACACUCUGGCAGAGGUGGACUUCCGGUUGGUGAACUUCCUGGAGAAGAGAACAGAGAGUUUACACAAAGGAGAGCAUCACUACACUGGGUUGCUAAGGUUACAGGAGAGAGUGUUGAAUGACGUUGUGAUUCAUCUGUUGGGAGACGACGAUCCUCGAGUACGACACAUAGCUGCUGCCACUGUCAGCAGACUAGUCAGCAGGUUGUUCUAUGAGUGUGACCAGGGCCAGGCUGAUCCAGUGGUGGCUAUAGCCAGGGACCAGAGCUCUGUCUAUCUACAGCUACUGAUGCACGAGACACUACCACCUUCACACUUUACUGUCUCUACCAUCACCAG